CACACAGUUCAUGAUUUUUCUAUGUAUGCUCCAGAAGAUCUCAACCUUAACCUUAACACUUUAAAUCUUUGAGUUUUCUUUCCUCCUUUAAAUUUGUGAGUAAGUGUCUCUUGCUUUAAAUUAACUCAUCAAUGGUGAAAGAGGAAGUGGAGCUUUGUUCUUCAGCUCAAGGGAAGAUGGGUUCCCAUCCCCAACUCAUAAGGGGUAAAGGUGGAAUUGCCACCAUGCCCUUCAUCAUAGCAAAUGAAGCACUUGCAAGGGUAGCAACUUUGGGGUUAUUGCCAAACAUGGUGUUGUAUUUGAUGGGAAGCUACAAUCUCCAUUUAGCAAAAGCCAACAUGAUUCUGUUAUUAUCAGUUGCUACCACCAAUUUCACCCCUCUCAUUGGUGCUUUCAUUGCUGAUUCUUAUCUGGGUCGCUUCCUUGCUGUUGGUUUCGGUUCUAUCAUCACUUUUCUGGGAAUGGCACUUUUGUGGCUAACAGCCAUGAUCCCCGCGGCACGGCCUCCUCCUUGUGAUCCUGCAACUGAAACAUGCAAAUCAGCAACAACUAUGCAAAUGGCAAUACUAAUCUCUUCCCUUGCUCUCAUGGCAUUUGGAAAUGGUGGCCUUCAAUGCUCCCUAGCAUUUGGAGCAGACCAAGUGAAUAGCAAAGAUAACCCCAAUAACCAAAGGGCCUUAGAAAUAUACUUCAGCUGGUAUUAUGCUUCAUCAGCUAUUUCAGUCAUAAUUGCCUUCACCGGAAUAGUAUAUAUCCAAGAUCAUCUUGGAUGGAAACUGGGUUUUGGUGUUCCUGCAGCACUCAUGUUCUUGUCCACUUUCUUCUUCUUCCUUGCUUCUCCUCUUUACAUUAAGCACAAAACACAUGGCAGCUUGCUCACUGGCUUUGCACGAGUAACCGUAGCUGCCUAUAAGAACAGGAAGCUUAGAUUACCAGCCAGGAACUCGACCGGAAUGUACCUUCAAAAGAAGGACUCUGAUCUUCUUGUUCCAACUGAUAAACUAAGGUUUCUGAAUAAAGCUUGCUUCAUCAAAGACCCUGAAAAAGAUUUAGCCUCAGAUGGAUCAGCCUCGACAAUAGAUGAAGUAGAAGAACUAAAAGCCAUCAUCAAAGUUAUUCCCCUGUGGUCGACCGGGAUCAUGAUGUCGCUUAACAUUGGAGGCUCAUUUGGAUUGCUGCAAGCUAAAUCACUGAACAGAUAUAUCACUCAAAACUUCCAAGUUCCAGCAGGUUCUUUGAGUGUGAUAAUGAUAUUUACAAUAUUCUUGUGGAUAGCUCUAUAUGAUCGCAUUGUUAUUCCUCUAGCAACAAAGCUUAGAGGCAAACAAGUUAGGAUCAGUGCCAAGAAUAGAAUGGGACUAGGAUUGUUUUUCUCUUUUCUUCACUUGGUAACCAGUGCAAUUGUUGAGACUUUACGGCGAAAUAGAGCUAUCAGGGAAGGAUAUAUGAAUAAUCCUAAUGCAGUGUUGAAUAUGUCUGCAAUGUGGCUUUUUCCUCAACUCUGCUUGGGUGGCAUAGCUGAAGCAUUCAAUGUAAUAGGCCAAAAUGAGUUCUAUUACACUGAAUUCCCCAAGAGUAUGUCAAGCAUCGCUUCGUCCCUUUUCGGACUUGGCAUGGCUGCAGGAUACGUGUUAUCUUCUUUGGUAUUCAGAAUUGUGGAGAAGGUUACUUCUAGGGGUGGAAGGGAAGGUUGGAUUUCGGAUAAUAUCAACAAGGGUCGCUAUGACAAGUACUAUUGGGUUCUUGUGAUGCUGAGUGCCAUUAACAUAGUGUAUUACCUUGUUUGUAGCUGGCUUUACGGACCUACAGCUGAUCAAGAAUCUAAAGAAACUAGAGGAAAUGGUUCAAAUGAUGAAGAUCUUCCAUUAAUUGAAUUUAGAAAUCCUGAAAUUCCAGAACCUUCUUCUCAGUCUUGGAACCUUCUUCAACACAACACAAGAGUUGGUCCUAAUAAUAAUAUGAUUGUUGACGGAAUAAUACAGCAAGAGGUUUCCUAGGCUCCUCUUUCAUAACAAGAUUUACUUUUAACAACAUUCUGAUAGCAAGAAGCCAUUAUCCAAGC